AUGGCCGAGGGAGAGGAUCCGACCGUGACAUGGGCUCGCUCCUUGAAGUUGCAUGCGGCGGUCGAUGCUUUCUCCCCUGGCGCUGCGCACCGCUCUUCAGACUCACGCAGCCAGCUUGGGCUCGACACCCUCGUGGCCGUCCUACCUGCCCUGCUGCAGCAGCCGCAGCUCAAGGCUCAGCACCGUGCCUCCCUGGCGAUGCGGCUGAGGCGCCUCCUGCACGAAUGCAUCUCCAUCGGUGACGGCCCCUCGCUUCGGGCCUGGGACACUGCGCUCGCAGAGUCCACUGCGGCCACGGCUGUGCCCCGUGCUAGCAUUCCGGAAGGCCACAGUGCUUGGGGCCCAGUCUUUGGCUUCCUCGCCUUCCUCGAGGUACUGGAGUCAGGGCUUCCUGCCGUGAGCCGCAGUUUCGCUCGGCUGGCCUUCAAUGCCGCCACGUGGGAAGGCCAUGAUGUCACCUUCCACGAAGUUCACUUCCGAGACCUUGCCCGUACCGGCUGGUGCAGGGCCUUGUCGCUGCUGCCCAGCAUUGACCGGGCCAGGAGCGUACGGUUGGCGAGCUUCAGUGAUGGAGCCAUCCGGCGCAAGGCGGCCACGGCACUCCUGGAGGCCUGCCGCGAAGCUUGCCCACAGGUGGCCGUGCUUCCUUGCAGCUUCUGCGAGGAGCACCAUGGUGAAAAGGUUACCCUACCAACGCCGCGAUGUCUGCGUGCAGAGAGGCAGUCCCAUGGCAGCAAAGGCGGUGGCCUCCUCCUCGGCACUGGGCCUCUCCGCCGCCACAGCAACGGCACCCGCAGCUUCGCCGUGGAGCUGGAGGUCCUCUCAGCCGGUGAGCGUCUGGACAUUGGCGUCACGGCACAGGCUCCUCACGACCACUGGGGCGGAGGCGAAUUCGCCCUCGCCCGCCGCGCUCGGCCCCAGGUGGCCUACGCCGAGGAUCUGCUGAGCAGCUGGAUCGUGGAGUCCUCCGGGCUGCUUGUCGGCAGCCAUGCAGGCCUACGUAUCCGAGACGAGCGAUGGAACGCUCGCAACCUUAUGGCAGGCGACAUUCUGAGGCUGACAGUCACUGAAGUUGGGGAGAUUGUGCUGGACGUGAACGGGGACUUGCGCGCCCAGUGGCGGGCACAGAUUCCUGCAGAGACGCCCAUUUUCCCGGUGGUGGACCUCUUUGAGGGAGCGCCUGUGAUCCGGCUCUUUCCAUAA